AUGGGUUGCGUAGGCUCAAAACCUGCCGAGGAGGACAAGGAGGCGCUCCAGCGGAAUGCUCGCAUCGAUCGAUCCAUUAAAAGUGACAAGAAGAAUAUGGACCGGACGAUCAAGAUUCUGCUACUAGGAGCCGGAGAGUCUGGAAAGUCCACUAUCAUCAAGCAAAUGCGCAUCAUUCACAGUGGUGGAUUUCCCGACGAAGAACGCCAUCAAACACGCGCUGUCAUCUACUCCAACACUGUCAUUGCCUUCAAGGUUUUGCUAGACAUCAUGAAUGCCGAGAACAUUGAAUUUGAGCGCGAAGAUUCACGGAUCGCAAGCACAAUAUUAGACAAUGAGGAUCCCGAUGUUGGGUCGGAUGAGGCAUUUUCGAAUCUGAAGAUCCGCGAUGCGAUGCACACUAUGUGGCUUGAUCCAGGCGUACAAAAGGCUGUCGUGCGCGGCCAUGAAAUUUUCAAACUGCUCACAACCUUCAGCUUCUAUGAGUCCUUGGAGCGUAUCUUCUCUCCCGGCUGGCUACCUGAUAAUCAGGACAUGCUGCAGGCUCGUCUCCGAACAACAGGUAUUACGGAGACACUGUUUGAGCUUGGUCAGAUGAACUUCCGGAUGAUGGACGUCGGUGGACAGCGAUCAGAACGGAAGAAGUGGAUCCAUUGCUUUGAGGGAGUGCAAUGUUUAUUGUUCAUGGUUGCCCUAUCUGGCUACGAUCAGUGCCUUGUAGAAGACCAGAAUGCGAACCAAAUGCACGAAGCUAUGAUGUUGUUUGAGUCUCUCGUCAACGGCGAGUGGUUCAAGCGUAAGCCUAUCAUCCUUUUCCUGAACAAAAUCGAUCUCUUCAAAGGAAAACUCGCCAUAUCAACCAUCUCCAACCAUUUCCCAGACUACACAGGGUCAAACACAGACUUUGAUGCCGCAGCACGAUAUUUCGCCGAUCGCUUCCGUGGCAUCAACCGGAUUCCAGACCGUGAAAUCUACAUCCACUACACCAAUGCAACGGAUACAACGUUGUUGAAGGCUACCAUGGACUCGGUACAAGACAUGAUUAUUCAGAAGAAUCUUCAUACCUUGAUACUAUAA